AUGUAUUUUGCACGGCGGCUAGGCGAGGCGGGCGCGGCGGUGGCGCGCGACGGGGACGCGCGCGGCGCGGUGCGGCUGUGGCUGCGCGGCGGCCGCGCGCGCCGCGCCGCCGCCGCGCUGCUGGUGGCGCCCGCGCUGCUGCGCGACGACGACCUGCUGCGCGCCGUGCGCGACCACCUCGUCAGGGAAGAAUGGUGGGAAAUGGCUGGAGAGCUUUCGGAGCGUACAGGAGACAAUAAAACUGCUGUGGAAUACUACGCUAAAGGCAAUAACUAUGCGAGAGCCGUUCAGCUUGCUCGAGAGGCGUGUCCCGGCGCGGUGACGCGGCUGGAGGGCGCGUGGGGCGCGUGGCUGGCGGCGCGGCGGCAGGCCGGCGCCGCCGUGCCGCACCUGAUCGAGGCGGGCCGCACCGUCGACGCGCUGCUCGCCGCCAUCAAGGCGCACCAUUACAAGAAGGCGCUGCAGAUUAUGGAGGUUCGCGUUGGGCUCAUAUUUGUUAGAUUACACGACAAAUGGACACUCGCGGUAAGAGAUCAGGAGGUCUCGUGUUUUCAGAGGCAAAUGAUUAAAACCUUACAAUUAAAAUUCGAAGAACAAUCAAAUGAGUUAAAAGAAAUGAAAGAAAGUAUUCCAACAAAAAUUAACAAAAAUAUUGAUGAAAAGUUCACUAUUAUAGAAACUAAACAAUUUGAAUUGGAAAAAACACAGAAGCACAAGGACGCCGAAUUAAGCAAC